CCUUGAACACGUUUGUCGGAGCACUCUGUUUCGACUCCAACAAUUUUGGAGCCAACGACGUAAGGUUCUGAUCGAUGUUGCUUGAUUAGAUUUAUCGCGAGGAUUUCUCUUUUUUCAAUGCUUCUGGCGGAAUAUCCCUUCAGACAAUUAAUAUAGAGUGAUAUGUUAACCGAAGACAAUGAUCCGACAAAACCAGCAGGGGUUUUAGACAAUGCUGGUAACGUGUCUUCCUCGACAGAAGCCUCGGUACAGCAUCCUCGCGCCACAAACAAUGAGACUGAAGUUAAGAACGAGGUGCAAGACUGUCCUGAAAAUGAUAGCGUACCUGGUGGUGAACUGUAUAUUGAUGAGAAUGCCGAAGAAAAGGAGCAGGAGUAUCCAGAUUCGAUGGAAAAAGCAGAUUACGGAUCUCUAUAUGGCGCCAACCAAUAUUAUAACAGCCUAUAUAACUCGCCACCUUAUGGAUCAACGACAGCUUCGAAAAAUGCAUCGAGCUUGCAAAGCUCAUAUUUAAGCUCUUAUACAUCGUCAAGCUCGAUGACGCAGUAUCCGUCCUAUGCCAGUUACAAUAGCGGGACGACGACCUUCCCGAAUAUGGCGCAAAAUAUAUCAUCGGCUUCCCAGAAAUUAGAUUAUAGCGCUUACAGCAGUAGUUUAUACGGAAACGACAGGGUACCGCUCCAGUAUUCCGGAUAUUAUCCUGUGCCCGGUUAUCAUGCGCCACCUACUUCAUUCAAUAUCGGAAACAUCAACUUCGCUGGUAAUCUUUUAAAUGUUACACCGCGAAGAAAUAUUUGUAAAAAAAUCUAUAUGCCGACUUUUAUAGUAGCAACGACGAAGCCAUGCAGGCGCGGAAGGAGACAGAGCGGAAGCGGAAACAGUAUCGGUUCCGCAGAUACGACGGAAGCCGGCCCCGAGCGUAUAUUUAUUUGGGAUCUCGACGAAACCAUAGUCGUGUUUCAUUCCCUACUAACCGGACAAUUCGCCACUAAAUAUCGUAAAGAUGCAAGUCUUCUAGCUCAAGUGGGAUUCAGGAUGGAGGAGAUGAUAUUCAAUUUGGCGGAUACACACUUUUUCUUCAAUGAUGUCGAGGACUGUGAUCAAGUGCAUAUAGAUGACGUUUCGUCAGAUGACAACGGACAGGAUCUGUCAUCCUACAAUUUCGCGACUGAUGGUUUCCAGUGCGCGUCUGCAAACAAUGGUAUAUGCCUGGCAUCCGGUGUGCGAGGAGGCGUCGAUUGGAUGAGAAAGCUAGCGUUCCGCUAUCGUAAAAUCAAGGAAAUCUAUUGUAAUUAUCGGAAUAAUGUAGGAGGCCUCUUGGGGACAGCCAAGCGCGAACAGUGGCUACAACUGCGUUCCGAAAUCGAAAUGUUGACCGAUAAUUGGUUGACGUCGGCAGUAAAGUGUCUGAACAUUAUCAACAAGAGAAGCCAUUGCAUCAAUAUCCUAGUAACGACUACGCAGCUGGUACCCGCACUCUCCAAAGUUCUGCUAUUUGGCAUCGGUGGAAUAUUUCCUAUAGAGAAUAUAUACUCGGCUUCCAAAAUCGGAAAGGAGAGUUGUUUCGGUAGAGUGGUUGCCCGAUUUGGCCGUAGAUGUACGUAUGUCGUAAUAGGAGAUGAUUCUGAUGAGGAAACAGCAGCGCGGGCACACAACUUUCCCUUUUGGAGGAUAAAUAGUCACUCAGACACUCAAGCCCUCUAUACUGCCUUAGAAAUGGGAUUUCUUUAA